AUGAAACAAUCCAAAGAUCAGAAACAUGAUAGCGCUGGAAGUGUUACAAAAUGCCCAACAAGUUUAUCACGUACGUCGCGCUUAUGUUGUUUUUUGUAUUGUGGUAAAUGUAGUCGCCGCAAAUUGCUUAUUACAAACAGUUUGGCUGGCUUUAAACCAUUUUCAACUAAGGUUUCGCAUACUGGUGGUCCUACUACCUUCAACAAUAACCAUUGCAUAUCGUGGACCGGUAGCAUGAAGCUUCUGGUGGAAAUUAAAGGCAUGAAACCUGAAUCCAUGAUACCUACUUGUAUUUACAAAAAAGACUUAAAUCAUCCGCAGUAUGAUAAUGGCGGUGAUGUUUAA